AAAAAAAAAAAAAAAAAAAAAAACCAAUAUAAGGAGAACCCGUGCAAGAUUGCAAGCAUAGCCUUGUACAAGCUCAGACGUGGCAGACUUGCAGUUUCGGCCGUGGAGGAGGGACGGAUAAACGGCCUUGGUCUUAGUAGUUAUCUGUUUGGCAGUCCUUCGUUGGAGCCGCAGAUCGAGAUGGGGAUGAGAUCAGCUGCCAAGCUCAGCGCCCCUGAAGACGAAACAUUCUCGAACCGGCUUCUGACUAUUUGCUGGAUGUGAUACUGGAGAUGUGAUACCUCUGUCUGAUGGCAUGACUUGCGGGAUAAGAUCACUGAGAGGCACGAAAAGUGAAAAUAUUCGCUGUGGGCAUGUUUUAGCGCCGCGAUUCGUAGGGAUGUUUUUCCUGCAGUAGGAGCCUAGCAGGUUUCAUACUUUGUCAAUGUACAUACCAACCAUGGAUGGAGUGCUUACUGGCAUGACGUUGUCAGCGAUUUGAGAGGAUGAUACCUGUCAUCGUGAUCAAGUACUGUAGACACGGAGAUGACUGCUCAAGUCAGGUUGAUGUCCAAGCGAUGACCACGGUACCGAUGUGGGAUGUAGGGAUAUCAGCAAAGGAUAUCACCACCAAGACCUCGUGUGGUUUCUCUUACCAAUCGGUUUGGUCUGUUGCUUGUCCCGAGAAAUCUUUCAUACCCUGUCAAGUCCGCCGUUUAGGGCCAUAACCCCGUAUCAAUACGGAGAACCUCCCUGCACACAUGCAAGGCUGCAAAUCCCGUUCGACGCAGCCGUUCUUUGUGGCUUAGAGGCAGUAUUAUUGUGCUGUCAGAAGAAUUAUUAUUCUUCAGCGUAUCUUUACCUUCUUUGUGCUUCAUGCCCUCCGCGGAAAUUAGUGUUGUUUGACCCGAGUGUAGUCGAAUGGCUGAUACUGCAAGAUCACUCUUUGCAACUUUCAAUCCAAAUCCCGGGCUGCACUGUCUGAGUUCCAUGCAUAUUACAUGAUAACUUUUUAUCUGAACAUAUUUUGCAUUCAGUAAAGCCCUGGCAGGUUUAUGGGAGCAAUUUCAUGGCUCUUCUGGUGCCGACACCCUUUCGAACAGACGAUUCUGGAGAUAAUAGCAAAGGCCACAGCCUAGAGUGCCGAGUACUUGACGCUGCUGUACUUUAAAGCUGUGCUUUGUUGUUAGCUCUUAAACCCAUGAUUCUUAAAAAUCGCUAACUGCGUUAUCGAAGUUUUAUCUCUGCCCCAAAUCCUUUAAAAACUUAUAUACUUGGUUGCUAUCAAACUCAUCGGACGUACCUGCAACGACUACCCAGCUAUGAAGACCGGUCAUAGUCACGAUUGAUAGCAAUAUCACAUAUUUCUGUAAGCCUCGUCCCGUUUAUCUCACCGUUCAUGUUGACUUCACAAAACUUGCUUUCAUUAGCUUCGCCUGCCAGCCAUGACUGCAGAUAUCCCAGCAUUGUGUCCAAAUUCCAAACGCCAUAUAAUGCUCUUCCUAACGGUGUCUUCACGUUGCGGACAACAUUGUACCAACCAAGAAAAAGACGUAGAUUGCAGAGAGUGGCCGGGUAAUACUACCGCCGAGCUUGCGAUCAAAAGAACUCUUGAUCGAAUUUUAGAGCAAAUGGAUGUCACCUCUUGGGACAAUGAUCAUAUGUGCUCUCCGUGGGUGUUGGUCGAUGCGUAGUCCAGGUUAUCCUAGAGUUUCCUAAGGAUUAGUGAUAUCGAAGUUGCUGGCCCAGCUGUCGUAUUUGAUAUAACUGAUACCAGACUUCCGUUGUUACAUCCAGGAAAACUGGCACAGAAAUAUUAGUAUCAAGGUUAUAGCCAGUAUUUUGGUUCUUGGGUCUCCCAGUUCGUCUCAUGGGUUGUUGACCCAGGUUAUCCCUAGCUGACACAUCAUUGGUAUUCAGAUUUUCCUUGGAUAUUUGUUUUUAUGGUUUUGGCAAGGAUCACACAACAAAAGCAGCUUGACUGAGCACGCGGGAAUUAUGAAAGGUUAUGAUACAAGCUGGUCGCACUCGUACGAUAUCAGUAUGGCCCAAAUGAUGGACUCAAGUCAUAUGUUUGGCUGGACAAACCUGCCAAAAAUAAAGGAAACCACUCCGAAGGUUGUGAUAACAUUAAAGUUUCGGGAAGUUUAUUAGUAAUUACAAUUAGCGCGUUACAUAAUUAUCGGAAUCUUGGCCUUUUGAAGAUUCGAACUUCUAUAGAGGGUCGUUCGGUUAGCCAACUACCUGAACUGUCUCCUCGCACUCAAGACCUUAAGUCAGUGAUAUGCUUAAUGAACCACCAUCUGCUACAGUUGCUUGAAUGGUCAAAUCUUAUAGCGGCAUCACUUUAUAGCCAAAGAUUUUUGAAUGAGUCAGCAUAAUCUUCUUAAAGCGGCGAAAUACUUAUCUAAAUCUGAUCUAGCUCAAGUUUUGAAAUGAAUUACGGAAUAAUCUAUCACCAAGGAAUUGAGAAGAAGCUGUGCAUAGCAGCAUUGCUCAUGGACUGGAACCUUUUUGAAGCUGAUGGAGGCCUAGUGCAAAAAUUAGCUGCAAGAUGGCAUCGACCUUUGCCUUUGGUUUUGGAGGUGACGAUAUAGAAGACUUGGAAGGUGUCUCUGAUACGGACCAAAAGGCACCAAGUGUGCAAGGAAAUAAAAAUGAUUUGAUAUUUGACAAAGCAGAGAUGCUUAGCCUUGAGGAUAUGGUUAGUAUCAAAUCCCGAUGUUCAAUUAUUAAAAUAUAACAUGGUAAUAGGAGAUUGGAAAGGGACAAUAGACAGUGUAAAGUACUGUCAUGAUACCUUGUCCCACUUAAGCAUCUUUUACCACUCUAUACAAUUAUAUCACCGUUUUGCUUAAUUUCUUACUAAUUCUUUAUAGCUCGCUUCUCUCCCGUCUCAACUGGAAUUUAAUACGCAGCUGAUAGGUUCAGAAUCAGAAGAUCCGUUUCUAGUUGCUCGCCGAGAACUAAUGGAUAUCCGCGUUCAACUAAUGGCUGAACGAGAUAUGCUGAACGAGGGCGAAGAUUUACUGGUUGGUUUACAGAAAGACGACAUUAAACCUACUGUAUAUGAAGGAGGAUUCAAAACAUGGGAAUGUGCUUUGGACUUGGCAGCUCUCGCAUCUCACAGCCAAGAAGGGUUUGCAUACUUAGAUAGCGGGGGUGAGAUUACCAUCAUAGAGCUUGGAGCUGGCACUGCCAUCCCUUCUCUAUCGUUAUUUCGAUGCUUCUUAAAACAUGGAGAGGCGAGACGUCGCAAAGUGCGCUUUGUACUUGCUGAUUAUAAUGCUACAGUCCUGAAGUUAGCUACUUUCCCGAACCUGCUACUAACCUGGUAUAUAACUCGCCGAAGUUCGCCAGAAGAAAAUAAUAAUAUCCAGACUGAUCCUGCUGUUGAUCCUUCGCUAGAAAUCGAUCAAAGCCUUCUAGAAAGCUUUGUUCGGGACUUAUCGGAUCAUAAUAUCACACUUUCAUUUAUAUCUGGGGGUUGGUCUCCUGAGUUUGUCGGCUUGUGUCUGGGCAGGCAGGAAAAUAUGGAAGACGAGGCGAUGAGUGAUCACCAACAGACUACAAUGAGGCGCAGGACACUUAUCCUGGCGAGUGAAACUAUAUACUCUCCGCCUUCGCUACUCCCAUUUACAGAAACACUUGUGUCGUUGAUGCGUAAAGCGCUUUCGGGCGAAGGACCAAGCAUUGCUCAAGGUCAUCUUCCCGUCCGAGCGUUAAUAUCAGCGAAGAAAGUGUAUUUCGGGGUUGGCGGAGGGGUUAAUGAGUUCCUAAGCACUCUUAGGGACGUCGGAGGCAGUGAUGAAUUUAAGGCGUUAACUAAGUUAACGAUCUCCGACGCUGGAGUAAUGAGGACAGUCUUGGAGAUCCUCCCUGGGUAAUGGGUUGGCUUGAAUAGCCUACAGAAUAAGGCGAAGAAAAAGGAAAAAUAUAGGACACACCUUGGGCUUUCAAAAAAAAGAGUGUCUGGCCUCAAAGAGUAUUCGCGAUGAUAUCUUUUAUGUUUCCUUUUUCUCACCUUUGGCAUGUGGAAGUGCAGGGUAUUGCUGUACAUACAUACAAAGUACGUGUCUUUGCUAGAUGACCAAUGGGACAACCAAAAUCUCGGGUAUGAAAUUUUGAAUACAAC